AUGGAACAAAGGAACAAUGUCACUGAGUUCAUGCUCUUGGGGCUCACUCAGAGCCUCCAGGGCCAGAAAAUACUGUUUGCAUUAUUCUUGCUGGUCUACAUGGUGACCAUGGCAGGCAACCUACUCAUUGUCGUGACUGUGGUGCUCAGCCCAGCCUUGGAUUCUCCAAUGUACUUCUUUCUUGGCUACUUAUCAUUUAUGGAUGUGGCUUAUUCCAACACAGCUACUCCAAAUUUGCUGAUAGACCUACUCCGUGUCAAGAAAACCACUUCCUUCCAAGCAUGUAUGACUCGGCUGUUUUCAGAGCACUUUUUCGGUGGUGCUGAGAUAAUACUCUUGGUGGUCAUGGCCUAUGACCGCUUUGUGGCGAUCUGCAAACCCCUUCAUUAUCUGACCAUCAUGAACCACCACUUGUGUGCUCUGCUAUUGCUGCUGGCCUGGGUUGGGGGUUUUGUGCACACUAUACUGCACAUUCUGUUUGUUUAUAAUCUUCCCUUCUGUGGCCCCAAUGUCACUGACCACUUCAUUUGUGACAUGUACCCCUUAUUAAAGCUCGUAUGUGCAGACACCUAUGUUAUUGGCCUCACAGUUCUGGCCAAUGAUGGGGCCAUCUGUACAGUCAUCUUUGCUCUCUUAUUAAUCUCCUAUGCAGUCAUUCUGCACUCGCUGAAAAACCUGAGUCAGGAAGGGAGGCACAAGGCCUUGUCCACCUGUGGCUCCCACAUUACAGUUGUGGUCUUCUUCUUUGUUCCUUGCAUUGCUCUUUUUGUGAGAUCUCCAUUCGCCUUGCCCACUGAUAAGUACUUAGCUGUGUUUUGCACUGUAAUCACUCCCAUGCUGAACCCCCUCGUCUAUACUCUGAGAAAUGCAGAGAUGAAAAAUGCCAUGAAGAAGCUCUGGACUAGAAAGUAA